AUGGAAGGUUUAAACGAUCAUGAGAGCUUCUAUACUACUAGUAGUAAAGAAGGUCUUAGUUUCAAGAUAUAUUUAUGCAAAUACUGUGGGAGGGAUUUUCUGAACCCACAAGCGUUAGGGGGGCAUCAAAAUGCUCAUAGGAUCGAAAGACGAGAAGUGAGGCUUCAUAAGCAAGCUAAGGUUUUUAGCUUGAUGAUGGCCAAUUUUGGACUGUCUAUGAUGCCUUACCACUUCAUUCAGCCCCAUGGUGUCGAGCUGAACCAGAACUCAGUCGCGGAAGGUAGCAGCUUUAUCAGUAGCCCUUCUCAUAGUCACUGGCUAGGGAGUUAUCGCCUAGGUGAUGGAGCACAGAAUUGUAAUGAUCCUGCCUCAAUUAUCACUAAACAUGUUAUGAAUAAGGCCAGAGUAGAAGAUGGUGGUGCAGAUCAAGAGCUGCUGGUUGAGGAUGGAGGAGCACCUGCUCAACCCGGAUUGCGGUUAGAGCUGCCUGACCUCAACUUAGACUAUGCGCCUAUUUGA